UGGAGAAAUGUAUUCGUGCUUUAGGAAAGCUAACAAUUGAGCUUGAGCAUUUUAUUGACGACUACAGUAAAACUUUGAAAGAAGAGUUUGCUGAUAAAGGAGUUUCAACUGCAAAGCUGAAUGAAUUUGUGUAUGAAAUAGAAAAACGCCUGCUUCCCCUGCAAUUGAACUUGAAUCUUUUGGGUGCCUUUCGCAUUAUUCGUCCAAAUGAAUUUAACUUCAAGACUUUCGAUGAGUUUUUUCAACAGCGACUUUCAAAAACAAAGCUACGUUAUCUCAAUCGAUAUAUCUACUGCUUCAUGUGUGAAUUGAAAGCUCGGCGAGAGAAUGGAGACUCAAAUGGAAAAUCAGGCUCAACUGAAUCCCCCAGCGAGGAGGCUCUCUUUCUGCAACAGCAACGAAACCAACUUGUGGAUCGGUAUAUUCGCGAAUCCAAGUUACUUGGUCUUAGUUUGAAGCACCAUGACCAGUUAAGCAUCCACAAUCUAAUCAACGACAAGCUGAUCCAGGAGCAGCAAAACUUUGUCUCUACCGCUAACCAGGCGACAAGCAUCUUCCAGUCAAACAUAAUUUCACCUCAAUUCCUCGACUGUCUUCCUGAUCAUGUGAUAACGCAAAUUAACCACCACGACGCCAAUUCGGUUUUCAACUCCUUUAUGCGCUAUUGUCCGGAUCAGAAUUUGCGAAAAGACUUUUGGCUGUCUUAUUACUCCAGAGCGGCACCUUAUCUUGGCUCAACUAUGAACAACUUUUUGUCAAUUGAGAAAAUUCGCGAUAGCCGUUAUCGAAAAGCACGUCUUUUGGGCUACGACAAUUUUGCUCAAAUGGCCAAUGAUUUGCGUGGAGCCGGUGGCCCAACCAUGGCCGGCAGCGUGGAGAAUGUCCGUGCUUUCAUCAAUGGCCUUGGAAUGCGUACCGAUACUCGAUUUGAGAAAAAUAUUAAAGAACUGACCGAAUUCGCAACCAGUGGAGCCCAGCGUCAAAGUUUAAGCAAGCAGCCGGCAAAUGCAAAUAACUUGGUGGAAAAGUUGAACCUGUGGGAUUUGAAGUACUUUGAGCGACUGUUCCUUCGUGAAAUGUACCACAUUGAUUCGCGUGAUGUUCGUGCUCAUUUCCCACUGGAGCGUGUGGUGACCGGUAUGCUGGAGUUUGCUGAAAAUCUAUUCGGAAUUAAAAUUGUCGAAAUCAAGAACGAGAAGAACACUUGGGGACCGAAUGUGCGUCACUUUAAAGUGUUUGGCAAUAGCGCCAAGUCAACAGCUGAAUAUGGCUCCUUUUACUUUGAUCCUUAUCAGCGAGAGUCUCGCAUCUUGAUGCCCAUCUCUCGGUCAGAGGCUUUGCACACCAAACCAAUUGUCUUCUUUCUUAUGAACUUCACCGCUGGCACUGGAAGCAUUUUCGACCAGUACGACAGCCAAAUGCUGGCAACAGGAAAGGAGCUGCUUAACUUUGGCCAAGUGAUUGAUCUGUUUGGAAAG